GUAAGAAAAGUUUGUGCAGUUUUCACACUUUCACGUAGGUUUUACAUGCUCUUCACUGAAAACUCUUCAGCGUGACAAAGUUGAAUUUUGAGGUAAUUUGAUAUUAGUUACAAAAUUUGGAAAAAUACAUAGGAUGGAGGUACAGUCUUCUGAGGAAUUAAGUGCGAGGUGCCUACUAUGCACAAGGACGCAUUGUCCAUCGUCCAACAACUUGGCGAUGGCUGGGGAAAUUGGAGAGGAAAUGGGUGGAUCGUCAUUAGUGGAUUCUCAACUCAAUACAGUUUUCGUAAUUCGAAACUUGCUACAAGUUUCCUCUGCGGACUGCACCAGGUUGGUCUCCUCACAUGGGAAUCCUUCCGAAUGGGGCACAUUUUGCCCUCAGUGUUCCACGCUAGUUCGAGAUGCUCAAUGCGUCGCCAUUAUCAUCAAGCGUUCUCUGACAAAACUGAAAUGCAUCCGGAAACGAGUGAUUAACAAGCUCUUAACUGGUAGUAUCACAGUUAGUUGUGGGACGAAUUGUGAAAAAAAUUCGCGAGGGUCAGAAAAGCGUGUCAGCAAGACACAAAAGGUUCGACAUGAACUACGAAACAUAGUUCAUCAUCACAAUAAGUGUAAGCAGAAGAAAGUAAGAGGCGUCAAAUCAAUUGAAUCUGAGGAAUCAGCAAUUCACGAAAAAGUCGAUAUCUCGUCCUCUGAUCAAUUUUUUGAAGUACAAUCGGAUAAUCGUCCGCGUAAAAGGGCCAGACAAAACUUGAAAAAAGGUGGUAAACCAAUUUGUAGGGAAAGUCCGAAAUGCGAUAUUUGUUCAAAAGCAUUCCUCAACAAAAUUCAACUCUUCAAUCAUCGUCGUGUGGAUCACCAAGUUUACGAACUGCUUCCUAAAACACCGACCCAUAUUUGCGACCAAUGUGGAAAGACAUUCACUUCGAGCAUGCGUCUAAAAAAACAUAUCCAAAUUGUUCAUCAACAAAUUUUCAAAUUUACAUGUACCAACUGCAAAAUGGGCCAUGCUGACAAAAGCUCAUACGACAGGCACAUGCUAUCUCAUACAACAUUUAAACCGUACAUUUGCCACGUAUGCGGAAAAGGUCUGACGCGAUCAUCCGAUCUGAUUAGGCAUAAACGACUUCAUACUGGUGAAACGCCUUACAAAUGUGAUCAAUAUCAAUGCAGUGAAUCUUUCACCGAUGCCAGCAAAGUAAAGAAACAUAUGAAAAUAGCACAUGGAAAACCAGCUCAUCUUUGCAGCUGUGGCAAAAAGUUUUAUACCUUUACGCAACUUCGUCUUCAUAAAAUAAUUCAUGACCCUUCUCAUGAACAAAACGUGAAGAGACGGAGACGAUCCAUAAAUUCCUCAUCUAAUAAUCCAAUAAUUCCGUCAUCAAGUAUAUAGGAGAACCCUUGCGAAAUUUAGAACAAUUUGGUCAUGAAAGAUGGGGUCAUUUGGUGACACCAACUGGGUCACCUUGUGGAACCAACAGAACAAAAAGAGCAUCGUGCUAGAACGGUGGAUUUUGCUCGAAAUAUUUUUAAUAUGUUACAAAUUGAAUAACGGAAAUAAAACCAAAUAAAUAUUUUGUAUUGUUUGUUUUAUAUCUUA